GCCGUCGCAGUCUUCCCGGCCCCGCCAGCGGGACCAUGCCGAUGCCGCUGGGGCGGCCCCCCGCCGCUGGCGGCGGCGGGAACGAGGCGUUCCGCCGGAGGCCCGCCGAGGGCUUUAGCGCCGCGGGCUUCGGCAAGGUGGUGCACCGGCAGCUCCGCGGCGCCCGCGAUGCCAUCCUCGCCAGGGCCCAGGACCGCGAGGUCGGGCACGAGGGCGAGCACCGCGUCUUCCCGAGGGCGCAGCCGCUCGGCGGCCUGCUGGCGGUCGAGCCGGAGGGCGCUGGCGGCUGCCACUGGGCGCGGCCGCUCGGCGGCCCGGCGGUCCCGUGGGCGCCGCCGUGGCCCGCGGGGGGCCAGGCCGUCACGUGGGCGUCGCUGCCGCUGGCCUCGGCGCGCUCGGCGCCGGAGGCGCCCAGCGGCGGCCGCGAGCUCCUGUGGGAGCUGCCCCUGGCGAGGAGGGCGGCCAGCCUGUCGCCCGACGCCGACCGCCCGCGCACGGGGAACCUGGGCUACCUGGAGUACCUCGCUUGGCUUCAGAGGGUGAUGCCGGAGAGCAUGCUGGACUCCGCCGACGCGGAGGCCGAGCAGCCACCCACCGAGCCGCACGAGUCAGGCCUGGAGCUCUUGCGCCGGCUCAACGCCGCGGCGCGCCCCAAGCGCCCGCUGCGGGUGCCGGAGCUCACGCCCGAGGAGCUGGAGCUCGCGGAGCGGGGGCUGUCGGGCGGCCCGGGCGGCGAGGUCGUCGCCUCGCGCUUCAAGGUGGACGUGACACGGAGGCAGCUGGAGUGCCUUAGACCUGGCGAGUGGCUGAACGACGAAGUUAUCAAUUUCUACUUCCAGCUUCUCCAGGAGCGAGCGAAGGUGGGCGACAAGCUGACCUGUUGGAUGCCCAACUCCUUCUUUUGGCCGAACCUCAGCGGGAAAGACAAUAAGAACUACAGCUACGCGGGUGUCCGCAGGUGGACGAUCAAGCAGAAAGUUGACAUUUUCAGCCUCCAGCGAGUCAUCUUUCCCAUGAACAUCUGCGAUACCCACUGGGCCAUGGGCGCGAUUGAUCUGCGCGAUAAGGGAUUCCGAUAUUUCGACUCCAUGUUCAGCAAGCCGCACCCCAACUUUGUGCCUUUCCUGCGGCGGUAUCUGGAGGACGAGCAUAAGGCGAAGAAGGGCGGUCCCCUGAGUGGGAUCGAGGAUUGGCAGCUGUUGGAGCCCGACGCGCCUAUACCCAAGCAGAAGAACGGAUAUGAUUGCGGCGUUUUCACUUGCAAUUUCGCGGAGUUCUUCUCGGCCGGGAGAGCGUUCGCGUUCACCCAGGAAGACAUGCCCAACCUCAGGCAGAGGCUCGCUGCCCGGGUUAUGAAGGCAGACGAGAAUUGGACCUGAGAAGUAACAUCUCCAUCGCCAUCUUCCAGAUAAUGUUUGCACAACAAUCGUCCUCACGCGCGUACGCACACACCUCCCUCCUCAGGAGCAUUAGAUAUCGACGUAAGGAUACUUCGUAUUCUUUGCGAGGCCACUGGUCUGGAUGGGGCAUCCUCUUGGCUUCGCAUCGCUACGUAUCCCGAUGAAGCUUUCACUCCGGGCUUGUGGUUGAAUCGUCGGAGGAGCCUAUGUGCCUGCUCACAAGGAGAACAAUACAUCGAAUGGCAUUCGGGGGGAUCAACAAUACUUAUUGUUCAGUAGUAUCAGUUCAACGUUCCCGUGUGAUACUUCCUGACGAAUUACUCCGAGAGGCCCUG